AUGCACUCUCGCUUCCUGGUUUCUGGUCUUCCCAGGUCUUUGCCUGCCCUGCCUCCCUCGCUUGCGCCGCCCUGCAUUCCUUGCGUCGAAGGGCGGCAGCGCGCCGCUCCUCACUCUUCCUCGUUCCCUCCCACAGAGGCUCCCCUGCAGACUCUCCACCUGGACGUGUGGGGCCCAGCCCGCGUCCGUAGACAGGGCUACGAGCGGUACUUCCUGCUGGUUGUUGACGACUACACGCGUUACACCAUGGUCUUUCCCCUGCGCAGCAAGGGGGAGGUCCCUGCUGUUUUGAUCCCUUGGAUCCGCGCUGCCCGUCUCCAGCUCCGCGAGCGGUUCGGGACGGAGUUUCCCGUCCUACGUCUGCACUCUGACAGAGGUGGUGAGUUCUCCUCAGACCUCUUGGCAGCCUUCUGUGCGGAGCACGGCAUCACCCAGUCGUUCACGCUUCCGGCCUCUCCGCAGCAGAAUGGGGUUGCUGAGCGCCGCAUUGGCUUAGUCAUGGAGGUCGCUCGUACCUCCAUGAUCCAUGCGGCUGCCCCCCAUUUUCUGUGGCCGUUUGCGGUCCGGUACGCCGCGCAUCAGCUCAACCUCUGGCCCCGUGUCUCCUUGCCGGAGACCUCGCCCACGCUGCUGUGGACGGGGAAGGUUGGCGAUGCGUCGCGUUUCCGGGUCUGGGGUGCUCGUGCCUUUGUCCGCGAUACCACCGCGGACAAGCUCUCCGCCCGUGCUGUUCCCUGUGUCUUCCUUGGCUUUGUCCCUGACGCGCCUGGUUGGCAGUUUUACCACCCCACCUCGCGCCGUGUCUUUGCGUCUCAGGACGUCACGUUCGAUGAGUCGGUUCCCUUUUACCGUCUCUUCCCCUACCGCACUGCCCCUCUCCCUCCCCCGCCGCUCUUCCUCGCUCCAGGUGCUCCCCAGGUAGACCCCCUCUCCGCUCCCGCUCCUGCUCCUUCAGGUGUGUCUAAGGUUGACCCUCCUCCCUUCCCUGCGCCGGUCGAGGUCACUGGUGACUCAGGUCCUACUAGGGGUGGUCCUGCUCGAGGUGCUACUUCUGGGGGUGCUGAGCCUGGGGGUGCGGAGCUUGAGGGUGUGGAGCCUGGAGGUGCUGAGCCUGCGUGUGAGGGGUCUGGAGGUGCUGGAGCUGGUGGUUCUGGGGCUGCUGAGGGUGCGGGCGCUGGAGGUUCUGGAGCUGCUGAGGGUGCUGGCGCUGAGGGUUCAGAGUCUGCUGUUGCGCGGUCUCCUUGGAGUAGCCGCCUUCGUCCACGUGUGCCUCUCACCUCGCAGCAGCUGCACGACUGGUACGGUCGUCGUCAGGGUCGCGCUGCUGGAGCCCGGGGCUCUGCUGCUGGAGGUACUUCUGCUGACGUCCCUGGAGCUAGGAGUGGUGCUGGUCCUUUGUCUACUGGAGGUGCUGGAGUCGCUGGUCCCGGAGGUGCUCGUACUGGAGGUACUGGAGCUGCUGGGGCUGGGGGUGCUGCGUCUGGAGGUGCUGCUGCUGGAGACACCGAGGCUGGAGACCCUGGGACUGGAGGUGCUGGUUCUGGGGGUGCUGCUGCUGGAGGCACUGAGGCUGGAGACCCUGGGACUGGAGGUGCUGGUUCUGGGGCUGGAGCUUCUGGAGCUGCUGGAGGUGCUGGAGCUGCUGGAGGUGCUGGAGCUGCUGGAGGUGCUGGAGCUGCUGGAGCUGCCGCCUGGCUCACCGCUGCCUGCUCCUUCUCCUUACACUGA